GAACUCGAAGAUGUAUUCUUGAAUCCACAUCUACCACUACAUUUCCACGAAACAAACCCUACAGGGAAAGAAAGCCACCUGAAAACUCAGCUCGGUUUUCAGCAAACAAUUUCAGGAAUUCAACGUCUUGGGAUUUUGUUUUCAAUUUCCUCUUUCAGAAUGCUGAGAGACUUCAAAUUCCUUCGCCGGAAUUCCGGUAAGAACGAGGAGAUUGAGAAUGUGCCCGUAAACCCUCGGGAUUCGUCGGGGAUUCAGAACGGACCCGACUCGUCCAGGGCUCCGCUGAACGCAAUCCAAGAGCCGAUUCAAAACCCCAAGCCGGAACAGGAAGUGGGGUUUAGGAGUAAGAUUGAGAGGACUCCAACUAAGGCCAAGGGGAAAACUUCGGAUCCCACAUUGCCUCCCCUUCGCACUCCGGACAAGCAUGGCGUCGGGUUCUCAGGGAAGAGUCAUUUUGGGUGGGCUCAAAAGCACGAUCCUGGUUCUGUAACUGGUGACUUGCGCGACGAUGGAAGCAAUUCUUCUGUACAAGUACACACACUCCCAUUCACAUUCCACGGAACUCACUUUCCCAUAACUUAA